UGUAAUUCUACAGCCUGAGAAUUACCACAGAAAGUAUCUGCAUCCCUGCCCCAGCUUCCCAUUUAUUCCCUUCACGAGCAGGAAAACACAACAUACUAACUACAGGGUUAGAGAGAAGUCUGAGGCAGAGCUGGAUCCUGUUCCACACCUACGGAUUUUGGCCACACCUCACUAUUAUCAUAUGAAAAGAAAAAGAAAAAAAAACCCAAACAAGCGAAAGGAAAGCAGCCCGGUAUGUAGCUGAUUCCAAACAACAACAGCGUGCAGGCUCAUAAAUGCUUCAGAAUUGACCAAGAGGAAGCACGUUUCGUGAUGACACAAUCUUGUUGCUGUAGUCAUUCAUCGAAGGGAAACUCCCACAGGAAAAGGCAUAAAGCUGCUCAGGGAAGGCGAAGAGGCUGCUCAGUGCUAGGCAGCCAAACCUGGGGUUCGAUUGACACAGAGCUAAGCAUGAGCACCAGCCAAGGCCCUUUCCAGUUUUUUUCUGCGUCCCUCAGGGGUAGUUCAGGGUGUGGUUUGGCCCAGCAAGAAACUUCUUACAGAGCGUCAAGUGCAGAUGGUGGUGCCAGCAGCACACAUCCCUCCUUCUCCUCCGCCAGACCCUUCUGGCUGGCUGCAGGAGGGGCGCCCUGGGGAGGCUUCGGCGAGCACUAUGGGGAAAGCAUCUUCCUGGGUGGGAAUGAGAAACAGACUAUGCAGAACCUGAAUGAGCGCUUGGCUGCCUACCUGGACAAGGUCCGUGCCUUAGAAGCAGCCAACGCUCAGCUGGAGAACUGCAUCCUAGAGUGGCACAGGACAAAGUCUCAUGGAAAGAGGCAUGACUUCAACCAGUACGAGCAAAACGUCACUGACAUGCAAAGACAGAUUGAGGAUAGCAAGAUCACCAAUGCCAGCAUCCUUUUACAAAUCGAUAAUGCUAACAUGGCAACUGAAGACUUCAGGCUCAAAUACGAAGCUGAGAAGUGUCGCAGGCAGGGAGUGCAGCUGGAUGUGGAGAACCUGCGGAAGGAGCUCGAUGGCAUGACCAUAAUUACCACAGAUCUGGAAAUGGAAAUUGAAGGUUUGAGAGAAGAGCACAUCCUCAGGAGGAAAGACCAUGAGGAGGAUAUGGAAGCCAAUCGCUCCUCACAAGACUUCAAAGUCAAUGUAAAAGUAAACGCAGCCCCUCCUGCAGACUUAGGCAAGAUUCUGGCAGAAAUAAGAGAAGAUUAUGAGGCCAUAAUUGAAAAGAAUCGUCAAAGUCUGGACAACUGGUACAAAGAACAGAGUGCAGCAAUGUCCCUGGCAGCAACCCCUAAUCCCGAGCAGAUCCAGCACAACGAGAACGAGAUCAAGGAGCUCAGGAGAACUUUGCAGUCCCUGGACAUUGAGCUGCAAGCACAGAUUAGUAAGAAACACAUGCUGGAAGACACCUUGGCUGACACUCGGAAUUAUUACGCUGCUGCGCUUCAAAACAUGCAGCAGAUCAUCUCCAGGUGUGAGGAAGAGCUGAGCCAGGCUCGUCAUGACAUGAAGCAGCAAAAUAACCAAUAUAAGGUUCUUCUUGGGAUCAAAACACGCCUGGAAAAGGAAAUUUCCACGUACCGCCUGCUGCUGGAAGGGAAUGCUGACGGGACAGCAAGAAAAUCUGAAACUAAAGAACACUCUGGGCUGAGCAACCGAAAGCUCAAAGCGAUUGUCCACGACAGUGUGAAUGGGGAGGUGGUGUCCUCCACCAUCAACGAGCUGCCCCCACAAGCCUGAAGGAAAGCUCUGCCUCCCAGCAGCUUUCCCAGCAGCAGCUCCCACGGCCCCUCUGGGAACAGCGCCGUGGGCUGGCUCCCUGUGUGCCAAACGGGGAUCCUGUGCUUCUCCAAUGAUCCACACACAGAGCUGGGUAUAGCUGACAUCGGUAGCUUAAAGAGCUUUUAGUCACCAAAACGCUGAAGAAAAGCUGUUGAAUUAAACUGACUGGCUAAGCUAGUGACAGAUGUAUUGUACAUCUCCCCAGGGCAGGAAUAUCCAUCUGGGAUUCACUUAUCGCUCUGCAAAUUAGCUAUAAUUUAAGGGGAAUAAUCUCUCAACUUUUUUCCUGGUCUUAUGCCUCUCAUCAUAUACCUCACUGCAGCCAAUAAAUUUUUAUCCAUUA